UAUUUUUGUGACUGGAAAUUUAAAUCUGUUUCAAAUCCUACGAAGUUUUAGAUUUAUACUGUAUAAUGCGUAAAUGUACAGCCUGUAUAUGCGGCAAAUUAAAACUAUAAUAGUGCAUUAAAAUAAUUUAUUUGAAACAUUAGGUCAUGAAAAUAGAUAAUGUUUCUGUGGUUUUGUUGCAUGAAUAUCCAGAAUAUGCAGAUGCCUGCGCAAAUUUAUUAAAUGAACAAUGGAAAAGAAGUUUUUCUGCCAGAAUGCAUUCCCUAAACAGAUCUUGUAAGGAAUUGCCAGAUUCUCUAGUAUUGCUAGAAGAAGAAAAUGGGCAAAAAAGAGUUAUAGGUCACAGUCGAAUAACUAGAGUAUUAGAAGAUAAUGAUGGCUGCUGGAUAGAAUCAGUGAUUAUAGCAGAAGACAAAAGAAACAAAGGAUAUGGAAAAUAUCUCAUGAAUAAGACAGAAGAAUAUGCAAAAAAGUUAAAAUUUUCAACAGCAUAUUUGAGUACCCAUGAUCAGCAAGGAUUUUAUGAACGUCUAGGAUAUGUUUACAGUGAACCAGUGUCAUCGAUAAGCUUCCAAAAAAGUGGACUAAUGAGAAAUAUAAUGUUCUCUCACAUGAAGAAUAAAGUGGAAAUUGAAUAUCAAGCCAAAGGUGAACAAAAUAGCAAAAGGAAAGAACAGUCGAACUUAAAUAAUUUAAUACCACCUCCUCCACCUCCACCUCCAUUAUUCAAUCAAUCUCAGCAUUCUUUGACUGCCAACAAUAUGAUAAAGUAUUGGAUGAAAAAAUCAUUAUGAUAAAAAUAAAAAUUGUUUACAUAAUGAAAGGAUAUUGAAAGAAAAAGAGCUUUUCUAAAGGUGCCAAUGUUUCAGAAACCAGCGUAAGUUUUAAUUAACCUACAAUUUCAAAACGAAAUAAUUUAUCAGGACUUCACUAGGUUUUAAUGGGCAGUAUAAUGAAUGAAGACAUGAAAAAAAAUUUUAAUGUUUAUUUAUUUAUUUUCAUUUUAUUUUCCAAACUAUUACAAUUAUAUAUUUCUGUUGUUAAAAAUUGAUAUUUAUAAGUUAAAAAUGUAACAUUAUUUCUACAAAUCGUGUUUUAAAUGUUCUGAGGUUCAUUAAAGCGUUCUAGAAUUAUGGAGAUAGAUCUAACAAAAAAAUUGAAUAUUUAGAUUAUGUUCAAGAGAUUUCAAGGGAUGGAAUUUUUUUAUUAUUCUUAGGUUGCAUUGUUAUGUUGUAUAAUUUCA